CGCCGUCUUGUGGAUCCGAGCACGCGAUGGCCCCCAAGGAGGAAGCGACGACGGGCCUGAAGCCUCUCUACGACCCCAUCGGCAGCCACGGCGCCCUGCCCGGCGGCAUGAAGCAGUACGAGGAGAUGUACGCGCGGUCCGUCGGCGAGGCGACCAAGGACGCCUUCUGGGCCGAGCAGGCCAACGCCUUCCUCGAGUGGAUGCGGCCCUUCGACACGGUGCGCCAGGGCGGCUUCGAGGUCGGCGACCAGGCCUGGUUCGUCGGCGGGCGCCUCAACGUGUCGUCGAACUGCCUCGACAAGCACCUCGCGGCCAAGGCCGACAAACCGUGCAUCGUCUGGGAGGCCGACGAGCCCGGCCAGGCGAAGACGCUGACGUACCUCGACGUCUUCCACGGCACGUGCCGCAUCGCCAACGCCCUCAAGGUCACGGGCGUCGCCAAGGGCGACUUCGUCACCGUCUACAUGCCGAUGAUGCCCGACACGGCGAUGGCGAUGCUCGCGUGCACGCGCCUCGGCGCGCCCCACAGCGUCGUCUUCGCGGGCUUCACGGCGGGGAGCCUGCGGGACCGCAUCGUCGACAGCGCGUCCAAGUGGGUGCUCACGGCCGACGUCGGCAAGCGCGGGUCCAAGUCGAUCAAGCUCAAGGCGAUCACGGACGCGGCCGUCGCGGAAUGUCCUCUCGUGCAGAAGGUCUUCGUCUUCAAGCGCACGGGCGAGGACGGCAUCGCCUACACGGCGGGCCGCGACGUCCACAUGGACGAGCUCGUGCCGAAGAUGCGGCCCUACUGCCCCGCGGAGCCCAUGGCGGGGCAGGACAAGAGAGCGAAAUUCCAAACUUCAAAGCCUCAUAUCUCGGCCGACACGCUCUUCACGCUCUACACGAGCGGUUCCACGGGCAAGCCCAAGGGCGUCGCCCACGCGACGGCGGGCUACCUGCUGUACGCGGCGAUGACGACGAAGUACAGCUUCGACCUGCGCGACGACGACGUCUUCGCGUGCGUCGCGGACGUCGGCUGGAUCACGGGCCACAGUUACAUCGUCUACGGCCCCCUCUGCAACGGCGCGACGACGGUCAUGUUCGAGUCCAUCCCGACCUACCCGGACCCGGGCCGCUACUGGGACAUGGUCGCGGCCCACAAGAUCACGGUCUUCUACACCGCGCCGACGGCCAUCCGCGCGUUGAUGGCCUACGGCGACGCGCACGUCAAGAAGCACGACCGGUCGUCGCUGCGCAUCCUCGGCUCCGUGGGCGAGCCCAUCAACCCCGAGGCCUGGCGCUGGUACUUCGAGGUCGUCGGCGACUCGCGCUGCUCCGUCGCGGACACGUACUGGCAGACGGAGACGGGCGGCCACAUCAUGACGCCGCUACCGGGAGUGACGCCCGUGAAGCCCGGGAGUUGCUGCCUGCCCUUUUUCGGCGUCGCGCCCCUCAUCGUCGACGCCCAGUCCGGCGCCGUCCAGGAGGGGAACGGCGUCGACGGCGUGCUCUGCGUCUCCGCGCCCUGGCCGGGCGCGUGCCGCACGGUCUGGGGCGACCACGAGCGCUACAUGGCGACGUACCUCGACUGCUACAAGCCCAACUACUUCACGGGCGACGGCUGCAAGCGCGACGCCGACGGCUACUACUGGAUCACGGGCCGCGUCGACGACGUGCUCAACACGUCCGGCCACCGCAUCGGCACGGCGGAAGUCGAGUCCGCGCUCGUCGCGCACGCGGCCGUCGCGCAGGCCGCGACGAUCGGCUACCCGCACGACAUCAAGGGCCAGGGCAUCUGCUGCUACCUCGAGCUCACCAAGGGCUUCGAGGAGUCGCCGGAGCUCAUCAAGGAGCUCAAGGGCGCCGUCCGCGCGGCCAUCGGGCCCUUCGCGACGCCGGACCUCCUCAUCCCCGUCGCGGGCCUCCCGAAGACGCGCAGCGGCAAGAUCAUGCGCCGCAUCCUCCGCAAGGUCGCCGCCGCCGAGGAGGACCAGCUCGGCGACGUCACGACGCUCGCGGACCCGUCCGUCGUCCCGCUCCUCAUCGCCAAGGUCAAGAAGGCCCAGGGCCGCGACUAGGUUCCGGCGCGCCCCACUCCCCCCCCCCUCCCCGUUCCCCCGGCGCGUGUGCCCGCCGGGACGCGCUUAACGACGUUCCCCG